CAUGUCUAGGAUGGUUAUUGGGUUCCUGAAGUUCACUAUUUUGGCCAUUAUUCUAAUGGCUUUUGAUAGGUCAGAAGCUCAAGGGCCACUAAAAAUGGGGUUUUAUAGAACUACAUGUCCUGCAGCCGAGCAGAUUGUGCGAGAUACAGUGACUAAGGUGGUUACGGCUAACCCUGGAAUGGCCGCUGGAAUCAUUCGACUUUACUUCCAUGACUGCUUUGUCAGGGGUUGUGACGCUUCGCUUCUACUUAAGCCGGUACGGGGAAGUGAAGGUGAGUCUGAGCAAGACUCGUUCGCGAAUGCAGGGACCUUGAGAGGCCUGGAGAUAAUAGAUCAAGCUAAAGCCAGACUCGAAGCCACAUGUCCAAACACAGUCUCCUGUGCGGACAUCUUGGCUUUCGCAGCCCGAGAUAGCACCAACAUGGUUGGUGGGUUCUCUUAUGACAUACCAUCCGGAAGACGGGACGGAAGGGUUUCUAAUCUAAACGAUGUCCGCCUUCCGGGACCGGACUCUCAUCUAGAUACCCUGAAAAGUUCAUUUGUGGAAAAAGGAUUGAGCGUUCGUGAUCUAGUGGCGCUCUCCGGAGCCCACUCUAUAGGUAGAGCUGGGUGCAACUCUAUUGUAACCCGUCUCUACUCUUUUAAUGGUAAUGGUACGGAUCCCUCGUUGGAUCCAAAAUAUGCAACAAUUUUAAAAAGGAAAUGCCCGGAGCGUCCACUAUCUAGGAAAACCGAACUUGAUCUAGUUACUCCGAAUCGUCUAGAUAAUCAGUAUUACCGUAACAUUAAACAACAACGGGUUCCGUUCUCGUCUGAUGAAGCUUUGGUUGAUAGUACCAUAACGGCAAGAAUGGUAACUAACUAUGCGAAAAACCCCACCGCUUGGAGAAAGGAUUUUGCUGCAGCAAUGGUACGUUUAGGUUCUCUUGACGUAUUAACAGGGACUAGAGGAGAGAUACGUAAGAAGUGUGGGGUUGUAAAUUAAAGUUUCUUAAAUGUUUUAUUCAUGAUUGUUUAUUUAUUGAGGGUUAUCUCUAAGAGUUUGGUUUAAGUUUGUGAUUUCAUGUCUAAGUUAUAUGUAUUGUUGUUUGAUUUAAUGUCAUCAUCGUAAGACAUGUUUGACUUGGCUA